AUGUGGGCCUCCCUCACGCGCAAGCACAGCCAAGCGACCAGCCUCACCGCAGGUUCGACCGAGCAAGACCCCACCGCCUGGUCGGCCCCGCUGACGCCACCAGCGGGUCAGUACUCAAUCAACCUGCGGAACUCGCGGCUCUCAAUCACGGGCGGUGGUGUGCCCGAGGGCAGGUUGCGGCUGGCCCUACGGUUGCUCCUUGCUGCGCCGGCAUGCGUGUGGGAGGCUGUCCGGUGGAACCUCGUCUGGCGCAGCCUGCUGCAGCCGGGUGUUACGAGGGACGCACUGCUCCUCGUGUGGACGUUCACUCUGCUGGCGGACCUGAUGCUCCUUCCGCUGGUCGGGAGGUGGAGCGACGGGAUGCGCUCGCGCCUCGGCCGGCGAAAGCCUCUCCUCGUCGCUGCUGCGGUCCUCGGCGCGCUCGCCGCGGCGUGGGUGCCAGACGCGCCACAGCUGUGUGCCUUCACCUUCCUCGCCUUUGCAGCCUGCAGCCCGCUCUUCCUCGUCGGGCACGGCUCCCUCCUCGUCGAGGUGACGCCGCUGCACCACUGCCGCGCCUCCCUCCUGGCGGGCACCGAGGCGGCGCGCGCUGCGGGCUCUCUCAUCGGAAUCGGCCUCCCGCUGGCGCUGGGUGUCGAACCAGCGGACGCGACGAGCCGGCUGCUGGCAGCGCUGCUGAGCAUCUUGCUUCUCGCGAGCGCGGGGCUGCUCGCCGCCCUCGUGCCGGAGCGGUCCGUCGAGCUGCUCCGCGAUCCGCACCCGCCCCGCGGGCUCGCCGCCGACGUGGUCAGCGUAACGCUCAACCGCAUGUUUCGGCCGGUGCUCACCGCCGAGGCCUGCCUUGAGCUGGCCGCCGCUGCGACGCUCUUGAUCGGCGUCGCCGCCUCGCACUCUCUGCCCGUCGAGGGAGGCGUCGAGGAGGGCGGCGUCGAGGAGGAGGAGGGCGCUGCGAUAUGGAGGCCGGACCAGCUGGCACACCGCGGACUCGCACUCUUCUUCGCCGGCCGGCUGGUCGCGCUUCCCGCCUGGCACGCGGCCGCGUGGUGCUGCGGCGUCUUCAGCGCCGCUAUCGCGCGCAAGCUGGUCGCCCUCCCGGCGGCGUACGCCGUCUGCGCCUUCACGCUCCUCUCGCCGCACGCUCCCUCGCUGUACGAGCCGCAAGGCGUGUGGCUGGCAGGCGCGGCGGUCACGGCGCUCGGCGCCGCGUGGAGCGGCGGGUUCGGGGUCCACUGCUUGGCGGCAAGCGCCGUCGACUACGACCACCUUCUGACUGGCGAGCGGCGCGAAGGGACGUACGAGGCGGUGCGCCGCGCUCUGCCCAGGCUCAUCGUGGCGUGCGUUGCCACGCCGCUCCUCCUGCUUGCACACGAGCCGUGCCUCGCCGGCAGCGACUGCUAUGACCGGCUGCUGCGCGGCGACUCGCUCGCGACGCCGAUUCUGCUCGCCACGUCGCUCGCCCUCGCGAUCUGUGCCGCCGCGGCCCUCGCGUGCUAUCCCGCCCGGGCGUCCACGCAGAGGGCGGCGGUGCUCGUCGCUGCUGUCGGACGGCACGUCGGGAUCGCGGCGGCGCACGACCCGCUGCACGGGCACGAGCUCAAGCCGCUGGCCGACACCGCGGCCGACCGCAGCCGCGCGCACGAGCUGCUCCUCCAGUUCUGGCCGAGCGAGAUCGCAUUCGCCGUGCGGCGCGGCACGGCCGUCGCGCUCUACGCUCUGCCCCUCGCCCUCUGCGUGCUGUCGCUCGCCGCAAGCACGCCCGCCCACCACCGCGUCUGGCGCUCGCGCGACGGCGUAGAGCUCGCCGGCGGAGGCCUCGGCCUGUGCGUCGGGGCGCUCUCCCUCUGCUUCAACUUCAGCCGCCUCGUCGCGGCGUGGCGGCUGCGGCGCGAAGGUCUGGUGUCGACGACAGAGGUGCUGACGGCACACCUCGAGAUGCUGCAAGAUUUCACGGGCGGCUCUCGCGUGCAGCGCACCUCGUCGCGCCGGGCGCGAACCCCGGCGCCAGUCUCGCGCAUCACCAUUCGAAGUUGGCUGCCUGUUGGCAGACGCGCCCGCUCGUCGCCGCCGCUGGCGCGGGCCGCAAAGACAGAGACUGAGGCGGUCGCCGUAUCCGUCAUCGAAAUGACGCGAACGCCCAGGCGACGCUCCUCGCAUGGCGGGGCCGGGGGGCGGAGGUCGUACCAGGCCGCGGUGUAGCCUCUGUAGUCUUGGCUCUUGCAGUAACCAGUAAACAGUAUCCAGUAACACGUGCUCUGUUGAUUGCGUGCGCGCAUACGUGUUCUCUCGCUCUCAAGUCUCAUGUUGUGCAUGUGGUUGCGUACAUCUCGUUUGCACAGCGCUUCACACGUGCUGACUACACGAGCAGAUAAGUCACAA